UACAUCUGCAAGCCGAUCAUACAGCCACCCAAGAACCAGAACGAUACACCACCCCCCCACCACGACCAUGGCAGACCACCUCCAACACUCCGUCUCAUCCCUCCAAUCCUCCCUCCAACUCCUCGACUCCUCCAUCUCCACCCUCGACGCCGGAGUCAGCGACUUCCCCCGCCUCUCCAAAGUCCUCCAAACCACCCGACACUUCGAACUCCUCCCCGAACCCACCCUCCGCGAAGCGCAGCAAUCCCUCCUCGACGAAAUCACCCCCAGCAUCGCCCACCUCCUCGAACUGGCCACCAACCACGUCGAGAAGCUCUCGCGGCGCGAGCAGGGGCUCCGCGCCAAGUGCGACCUGCAGCAGGGGCGACUGUACUCCAACGAGGAGCGACAGCAGCAGAAGAGACAGCUGGCCAAACCCAAACCCAAGCCCGGGGCGUUCGGCGACCGGCGGCAGGCGGCAGCGGCCGCGGCCGCGGCCAAGGCGGCCGAGCUCCGGCGACUGAUCCAGAAGAAAGAACGCCUGCAGUACGCGGUCGAGCGGCUGGAGCUGCAGGGGAAGCAGCGCGAACGGCAGCUGCGGAAGAGUAUGGCUUUUCAGUGAGACUGCGGGCGUGCUGUCGGAGAGGAUAUGAUUUUUCCUAUUUUUUUGGGGGGGCGAGCGGGUUAUGCCUGCCUAAAUCUCUCGAGCAGAGUCGGUCCGCGUGGCCGGGUGUGAAGAGACGAGACUCGUGUCGCUUGACUUGCGGGUUCGCGGCAGAAUUGAACUACAAGGGCACUCUGUGGCCGGUGAAUCGAGUAUCAUCCAAGGCUCAACGGUGUCUCGCCUCCCCACCUCUCGGUCCGUCUUGCUCGUGUCGUGAGGAUGUCACAGCAUUCCUGACACAACCUACGAAAACUGAUGGACGGCCCCAAACCACAACAAUCCAGUG